AUCGCAUGAUGUUCAAUGUGACGUGGGAAAACCCAUCGACCCUGAAUGUGACACAAUGCUCAUAGCCGGAUCACUACAAAGAGCUUACCCUCUAUCUAGCUCUCCUUAGAAUCCAACGAUGGCUAAUUGGGAAAUUGUCUCGUUUCGAUUGAUAUUGUCCAUCAUUAUUCUGCCACAUAUUAAUGGUGUAUCAAAUAUAGAUUCAGAUCAAGAGGACUAUGUCACAGAGAGCUGGAGUGCGAUUGACAUACGUUGGCCAAAUACCCGACCUGACAUUUGGAUCCCAAGUACAACAAGCAUUGGGAGCCAUCUUGAAGUUCGUUUGGUUAAUGGACCACGCAACGCUACAGGUCGAGUCGAGGUACGGUACAACACCAGCAGUGCUUGGGGAACAGUAUGUGAUGAUGGAUGGAAUUUGAACGACGCCAAUGUCGUAUGCAGAAUGCUAGGGUUCCUCAAAGCAUCAAGUGCACCAGUUGAUGCUGAAUAUGGUGCAGGUUCUGGAGACAUUCUUCUUGAUGAAGUUGAUUGUACUGGAUCAGAAAUUAGCCUCGAAGACUGCAUCAAGAGUGAAUUUGGAGUCCAUAAUUGUCUUCACAGUGAAGAUGCUGGUGUCAUCUGUACAGAUCCUAUCUUUCUUCAAGUCCGUCUUGUCGAUGGUCCAAAUAACAACUCGGGAAGAGUUGAGGUGUUCCAAGAAGGAUCUUGGGGAACUAUCUGUGACGAUGGCUGGGAUGGUAAAGACGCUAAUGUUGUAUGCAGAAUGCUGGGGUUCUUCGGUGCAGCAUACGCAUCUGUACAAGCUACAUACGGUGAAGGGGUAGGAGACAUCUCACUCCGUAAUGUGGAUUGUAUUGGGACAGAAAUCAACUUGGGAACAUGCUUCCACGACAGACCUGAACCUUUUGACUGUGCUCAUGACGAAGAUGCCGGUGCUGCCUGCUUGGUUCUAAUACCAGAUGAUUCCGUGAGCUCGGCAUCAUCCUGGAAUGAUGAAGGAACAUUCGAGCUACAAUGUCGAAACCUAAAUUCGACCACGGAUAAAGGUCUCACUACAUCAUCUACUGUCAACAUAAUCCCACACGUCGAUGGUUCCGUUGACAAUCAGAAAUUAUCUGUUGGCUGUACGUAUACUUCACAUGAUGUAUUUUACUAUGGAGACACAUGGGUUGCCUGUGCUGCACGAGAUGAUCUGGGAAACUACGUGACAUGCGGUUUCACGGUCACCGUCAAAGAUGGCGACCCUCCCCGUUUGGACUGCCCUGACGUAACUUCCACCACGGACCAAGGUCUUUCUACAUCUUCCCACAUCACCAUCAACCCUCAGGCAUCAGACAAUACUGACCCUAGUCCGUAUGUGAUCUGCUCUCAUACAUCCAGUGAUGUCUUCCAGUUUGGAGAUACCAAUGUUACCUGUCAUGCUACGGACGAAUCAGGAAACAUUGGCAGGUGUAUGUUCGCGGUUACAGUACAAGAUUCAGAUCCAGAGGAUUGCAACACAGGGACCUGGAAUGCAAAUACCAUACGUUGGUCAGGAAUUCGACCUGACAUUUGGAUCCCGAGUACAACAAACAUUGGGAGCCAGCUUGAAGUUCGUUUGGUUAAUGGAUCGAACAAUGCUACAGGUCGAGUCGAGGUAUGGUACAACGGUGCUUGGGGAACAGUAUGUGAUGAUGGAUGGGAUUUGAACGACGCCAAUGUCGUAUGCAGAAUGCUAGGGUUCUUCAAAGCGUCAAGUGCACCAGUCAUGGCUGAAUAUGGUCCGGGUUCUGGAGACAUUCUUCUUGAUGAAGUUGAUUGUACUGGCUCAGAAAGCAGCCUCGAAGACUGCAUCAAGAGUGACUUUGCAGUCCAUAAUUGUCAUCACGGCGAAGAUGCUGGUGUCAUCUGUACAGAUCCUAUCUUUCUUGAUGUUCGUCUUGUCGAUGGUCCAAAUAACAACACGGGAAGAGUUGAAGUGCUAGAAAGGGGAUCUUGGGGAACUAUCUGUGACGAUGGCUGGGAUGGUAAAGACGCUAAUGUUGUAUGCAGAAUGCUGGGGUUCUUCGGUGCAGCAUACGCAUCUGUACAAGCUACAUACGGUGAAGGGGUAGGAGAAAUCUCACUCCGUAAUGUGGAUUGUAUUGGGACAGAAAUCAACUUGGGAACAUGCUUCCACGACAGACCUGAAUCUUUUGACUGUGCUCAUGACGAAGAUGCCAGUGCUGCCUGCUUGGUUCUUAUCCCAGAUGAUUCUGUGAGCUCGGCAUCAUCCUGGAAUGGACAAUUCCGGCUACAAUGUCCAGACCUCGUUUCAAGCACGGAUAAAGGUCUUAUUACAUCAUCUACUGUCAACAUAAUCCCACACGUCGAUGGUUCCGUUGACAAUCAGAAAUUAUCUGUUGGCUGUACGUAUACUUCACAUGAUGUAUUUUACUACGGAGACACUUGGGUUGCCUGUGCUGCACGAGAUGAUCUGGGAAACUAUGUGACAUGUGAUUUCAUGGUCACCGUCAAAGAUGGCUACCCUCCCUGUUUGGGCUGCCCCGACGUAACUUCCACCACGGACCAAGGUCUUCGUACAUCUUCCCACAUUACCAUCAACCCUCAUGCAUCAGACAUUACUGAUCUUAGUCUGCCUGUGAUCUGCUCUCAUACAUCCAGUGAUGUCUUCCAGUUUGGAGAUACCAAUGUUACCUGUAAUGCUACAGAUGAAUCAGGAAACAUUGGCAGGUGUAUGUUCGUGGUUACAGUACAAGACAACGAGCCUCCUCGCUGGGAAUGCCGUGACCAAACAUCCAUCGCGGAUCAAGACCUUGCUAGCAUUGCUUUCAUCUCAUCUGUGUCAGACAACGUAGAUCCCAAUCCGUCCAUUAACUGCUCUCACACAUCCAUAGAUCUUUCUCAUCUUGGAGACACUAGCAUCACAUGUGAAGCUAAAGAUUCUUCUGGAAACAUUGCCGUCUGUACUUUUAUGUUUACUGUACAAGACCCUUGUAUGGUUCGUGAUCCGUGUAUCAAUGGUAAAUGUAGCUAUAUCGGAUCAGGACCAUACCAAUGUGACUGCUAUGAUCAAUACGAGGGUACUCGUUGUGAUGUCAUCCCUCACCCCACUCAUCCUGUUGAAGUAGCAGGUCAUCCUGAGAGCCACACGGUGAAGAUGGGCACCCCCGUAGAGUUCACAUGCAGCUUCAGCAAUGCUAAAUCUUACAUGUGGUACAAAGAUGAGCACCCUGUACCCAGCAUGAGAAAUCAGCAUACUCUACGUAUACCAUCAGUUUCCGAAAGUGAUAUUGGAUAUUACUUCUGCCGAGGCUUUGGAAUUGGACCAUAUAAAGACACGAAGAUGGCAUCUAUCUACAUUGAAGAUUUGACCAAUAUCCACCUUUCUAAUUUAAAAUUCAAUCUCACUUCGAAUGAUGACCUCUCUGACCGUACUUCUCUCAGCUAUCUCGAGAUAUCGCUUAACAUCGGCAAUUAUGUUCUUGAAGGUCUUAAGAAUGAUGCCUCUUUCAAGGACCUGUCACCAUUGGUGGUAUGUAGCAACCUCACCAGACGAGGAGGUGUGAUUGCUGACCUGAAUGUCUACAUCAAGAAUUCCAAACUGACUGCAUUUCAUGAACUAGAUCUUGUUAGUCAAGCUCUUUACAUAUUGGCUGAAAAUUCGAAUGGCUUUCUCGAUGUAAGCAGUGUAGAGAUUGAGAACACAGCGAUUUGUAAGAAUAUGACAUGGAUGUCAUCGCGUUUUGGACUAAUCAGUUUCCUAGAGGGUGAGAACGGAACAUGGUCGAACUCAACUGAAGUAUGUCCAUUCAACACAGCAAACGCUGACCAACCAAUCGGUCGUACCAUAUGCGUCGGUGAUCUGAUUUCACAGAGUACAUGGCUUCCCGAUCCCAUGGAUAACUGUGGACAAUUCAGAAAUGUCGGAGAUUUACUUAGCCAGCUUUCAACGGUUACCGUUUCAGAUGAGAAUGUUGCUAAGCUCAGUGAAGACGUCAGUUUGGUGACAAGUAACACUGGUGAUAUCUCCUCUGAUGACAUUUUUUCGAUUGCAAAUAUAGUUUCAAAUAUAAGUGCUCGAACGAACUACAGUGAAAAGGUUACUGCAUCUAUUGUUGCCAUAGUGAGUAACAUCGCUGAUGUUGACACAGAAACACUUGAAUCAGCAUCAGCCUCUGUCAGUGAUGUCGUAAAAGUAUUUGAGCAGCAGAUCAAAAGUGUACCUAUAGAGGACGGUGACAAUUUCAGCUUUCAACAACCAAAUAUUGCCGUGCAGGUCCAAAGCGUACCUACCGAUGUCAUCUCAAAUGGUCUAGUCCUCUCGUUAACAGGAGACACCAAUUCUGAUCUGACGAAAUUUGACACCAACAUCCAAACUUCAAAUGAAAAUCAAGCUGAAGCUACAAAACCAGAUACCAUUGCUGUUGUGAACAUACCACCUGCGAUUUCUUUCGCUUUACCAUUGAUAUCUGGAGGAAGUUCUAAUACGAACGGCUUUGUUCGCGUGAUCUUCAGUGUCUUUUCCACACCAGCCCUUUUCAUUUCUAAAUCAUUGAAGAACUCGAGUGUAGGAACUAACCAAUCUGCUAACACACCUGUAAUAUCACUGAGCAUCGGGGACGAGAAAAUAGAAGAUCUGAUAGAACCCAUCAAUUUUACUUUUACCCCGAUAGAGACUGGUCUGACGAACCCGUCGUGUUCAUACUGGGAUAUUGGAUGUAGUAACUGGUCACAAGAAGGGUGUCAGCUUCUUUCAACAUCUGGCAUUAUCUCAUCCAAUGAUAACAACUGGGAUCCUCCAUCUGAUGAGAAGGAGAAGAUCGUUUGUGGAUGUAACCAUCUCACCAACUUUGCCGUCCUUAUGGAUAUUCCGAGAGAGGAACGGUCUUCUGAGCAAUCUAACUCCAGGAGCCAGCUUGAAGUUCGUUUGGUUGAUGGACCAAACAAUGCUACAGGUCGAGUCGAGGUACGGUACAACACCAGCAGUGCUUGGGGAACAGUAUGUGAUGAUGGAUGGGAUUUGAACGACGCCAAUGUCGUAUGCAGAAUGCUAGGGUUCUUCAAAGCGUCAAGUGCACCAGUCAUGGCUGAAUAUGGUGCUGGUUCUGGAGACAUUCUUCUUGAUGAAGUUGAUUGUACUGGAUCAGAAAGCAGCCUUGAAGAAUGCAUCAAGAGUGAAUUUGGAGUCAAUAAUUGUCAUCACAGCGAAGAUGCUAGUGUCAUCUGUACAGAUCCUAUCUCUCUUGAUGUCCGUCUUGUCGAUGGUCCAAACAACAACUCGGGAAGAGUUGAAGUGCUAGAAAGGGGAUCUUGGGGAACUAUCUGUGACGAUGGCUGGGAUGCAAAAGACGCUAAUGUUGUAUGCAGAAUGCUGGGGUUCUUCGGUGCAGCAUAUGCACCUGUGCAAGCUACAUACGGUGAAGGGGUAGGAGACAUCUCACUCCGUAAUGUGGAUUGUAUUGGGACAGAAAUCAACUUGGGAACAUGUUUCCACGAUAGACCUGAACCUUUCGACUGUGCUCAUGACGAAGAUGCCGGUGCUGCCUGCUUGGUUUUUAUCCCAGAUGAUUCUGUGAGCUCGGCAUCAUCCUGGAAUGGAACAUUCUGGCUACAAUGUCCAGACCUCGUAUCAAGCACGGAUAAAGGUCUUAUUACAUCAUCUACUGUCAUCAUAUCUCCACGCGUGCAUGCUGGUUCCGCUGACAAUCAGGACUUCUCUGUGGGCUGUACGUAUACUUCACAUGAUGUAUUUGACUAUGGAGACACUUGGGUUGACUGUGCUGCACGAGAUGAUCUGGGAAACUAUGUGACAUGUGAUUUCAAGGUCAACGUUACAGAUGACGACCCUCCUCGUUUGGACUGCCCUGACAUAACUUCCACCACGGACCAAGGUCUUCCUACAUCUUCCCACAUCACCAUCAACCCAAGGGCAUCAGACAACACUGAUCCUAGUCCGUAUGUGAUCUGCUCUCAUACAUCCCGUCAUGCCUUCUACUUUGGAGAUACCGAUCUUACCUGUAUUGCUACGGAUGAAUCAGGAAACAUUGGCAUGUGUAUGUUCGUGGUUACAGUACAAGGUAUGAUACAUCUUUAAAUGCUAUAUGUUCGU